AUGAAGUUUAUCUGUGCAGCUUUUUUCACUGGCACACUCCCAGCGAGCACCGUAUCGACUAAGAGCACUUUCCACUGGAAGCGCACUUUGUGUUCCAAGAUACUACUUACCUGGAAUCCAAUCGACGCAGACAACCACCUAGCAGUUGUCGGCUUCUUGGCCGAACUCACCGAGACUGGACUCUCAACAUGCCUUUUUGACUCCGUCUUCGCACAAAUUGGUGCCGUUCGAGAACCGGGUGCCUACGCCUACAUUGGCUCGUGGGACUUCUCGGAGAUCACUGACCAUCUUGACCGCAACCCACCAGCCCAAUAUAGCGGCUCUUUGACAACACCUCCAUGCUCUGAGGGUGUCAGCUGGUAUGUGUGUACCCAGCCCUUGCCACUCAGCGUCAAUAGCUACAACGCAGUGAAGAAACUGCUCAAGUUCAAUUCUCGCUACAAACAGAAUACUCUGGGCUCGGUGAAUUUGCUGGACCUCGCUUCCCACGAUUAG